AUGAUUCUAAAUGCUGAAAGUGAUGUUAUUCCAACGAAAACAUCACCAAUUAAAGAUCAGUCAUGUCGACAGCGAUCAGUCGGUCUGUGUGAUAUGAUGUGUGGAUUAUGUAAUACUAAAGCUCCUGGUAUAAACGAAUUUCCUGGUGAUUUUGAUGAUACACCGUCUAUGGAAACAGAUGUCACGGUUAAUAUUCAGUCGAAGAACAGCGAAUGGUAUUGCACAGGAUACUACGUAGCUGCGGGUACUACCAUGCAAAUCGAUGUAUCAGAACAAGUUGGUGCAACUGGAUGGUCAGCCAGAAUCGGUUGUCACAGUGAUGAUCUCGGAAAAUGCGAUCAAUUACGUCGAUGGCACUGCAUUUCUUCACGCAAACCGCUGUCUGGUACUACUAUCAAAAUGAGUUCAGCUUUUGGUGGUCUUCUCUUUCUUGAGAGUCCUACUGGUGAAUCGAAUUCCAUUAGUGUUAAUCUACAGAAUGUUGUUCUAACACCUAUCUAUGAUCUCAUGGAUUCUAAUCGAGAGGAACACUGGGAAGAUCUACGUGUUCGUGCACAGGGCUUAUGGGCAGAUAUUGCUGGUCAAUAUAUUGUGUUCAAUCUUCCUUCGAAAAUUGUACGCGAUUUGAAUAGUGAUCAAUUAGAUCGAGCUCUUCGUUUCUGGGAUACUGUAGUACUCACUCAUCAUGAAUUGCGAGGUACUACACCAGUACGUCGAGAACGUAUCGUAUGUGAUGAACAACCAUCAGCUGGCUACAUGCAUGCUGGUUAUCCAGUUGUCACUCAUUUAGAUGUAACUAAUCCAGAAGCGGAACAUUUCUUAAUGAAUAGUGAUAAUCUAGAAAAGAAUGGCUCUUGGGGUCUUUUUCAUGAAAUCGGUCAUAACAUGCAGCGUGACUGGUGGACUUUUAGUUUUGCACGUGAAAUAACCACGAAUAUCUUCACUCUACAUGCCAUGGAUGCUAUUUGUCAUCUUGAACCAUGGAUUCACUCUUGGCUCAAGGAUCAAAUAGAGAAGACAAAAGAGAGUAUAAAGAAAGGAACGCCUUUCAAUGAAUGGAAAACAAAUGCUGGUUUUGGCUUGUUUAUCUAUGCACAACUAGCACGAGAGUUUGGUUGGGACAGCUACAAGGCCGUCUUUCGUCAAUAUGAGCAAACUAAACCGACUUUGAAUAAUGAUCAAGAGAAAAUAGAUCACUGGAUCACAACCUUCUCACGUCAAGUAGAACAUAAUUUGGUUCCACUAUUCAAAUUCUGGGGUUUUCCAAUUUCGCAAUCAACUAUUGCCGGCCUUGGCGACCUGCCAGUUCGUGAAAUGUCUGAUGAAUUAAUUGAAAUAGCACCAGAACGCUAUCAAGUCUAA